AUGCAUAAGAUUCACUUAGAGGAGGAUGUGAGGCCAGUGAGACAGCCACAGAGACGACUGAACCCAUUGAUUUUGGAUGUUGUAAAGAAGGAGGUGACUAUACUCUUACAGGCUGGCAUCCUUUAUCCGAUUUCUGACAGUAAAUGGGUCAGUCCCAUCCAUGUGGUUCCGAAGAAGUCAGGGGUGACAGUGGUAGCUAAUGAAGAGAACGAACUGGUGCCCACGAGAGUGAAGAAUUCCUGGAGAACACAGGAGGAAUUGAAACCAUUACCUCAACAUUUGAAGUAUGCAUAUUUGGGAGAAAAUCAGCAAUUACCUGUCAUUAUAGCUCAGAAUUUGGAACCAGAUCAGGAGGAAAAAUUGUUAGAGAUUCUGAGACAGCAUAAAAAGGCCAUUGGAUGGACUCUGGCAGACAUUCCUGGGAUCAGUCCUUCCAUUUGUAUGCAUAAGAUUCACUUAGAGGAGGAUGUGAGGCCAGUGAGACAGCCACAGAGACGACUGAACCCAUUGAUUUUGGAUGUUGUAAAGAAGGAGGUGACUAGACUCUUACAGACUGGCAUCAUUUAUCCGAUUUCUGACAGUAAAUGGGUCAGUCCCAUCCAUGUGGUUCCGAAGAAGUCAGGGGUGACAGUGGUAGCUAAUGAAGAGAACGAACUGGUGCCCACGAGAGUGAAGAAUUCCUGGAGAAGCAACUGGCAGAUCUGCAUCGACCCAGAGGACCAGGAGAAGACUACCUUCACUUGCCCUUUUGGGACAUUCGCAUAUCGUAGGAUGCCAUUUGGACUGUGCAAUGCUCCAGGGACUUUUCAGCGAUGCAUGAGCAUGGAAUUGUUUUUAGGUCAUAUAGUCUAUAGUAAGGGCAUUGAAGUAGAUCCUGCUAAAAUUAGCGCUAUAUCUUCUUUAUCUUACCCCGCAUGCGUGCGGGAGGUUCGAGCUUUUUUGGGCCAUGCAGGAUUCUACAGGAGAUUUAUUAGGGACUUCAGUAAGAUUUCUCUGCCAUUAUCUCAGCUACUUCAGAAGGAUAUUAUGUUUGAUUUUGAUCAGAGGUGCAGAGAGGCUUUUGACAGAUUGAAGGAGGCUCUUACUUCGUCACCUAUUAUCAGACCCCCAGACUGGUCCUUACCUUUCGAGUUGAUGUGUGACGCUUCAGAUUAUGCAGUGGGAGCUGUACUAGCACAGAGAGUGGAUGGAGCACCACAUGUUAUUUGCUAUGCUUCCAAGACUUUGGACUCAGCUCAAGCAAACUACACAACAACAGAAAAAAGAGCUUCUUUCUAUUCUUUGAAGUAUCUCCUCAAGAAGCCUGAUGCAAAGCCUAGAUUAAUCAGAUGGAUGCUUCUGCUUCAAGAAUUCGACGUAGAGAUACGUGAUAGGAGCGGGAAGGAGAACUUGGUUGCCGAUCACUUGAGCAGGAUUGAAGGAGACGUGGACCACUCGGCUAUUGAUGAUGAUUUCAGGGAUGAGCAGCUUCUACAGCUGAUUGUGUAUGGAAAAGCAUGUCAUUUGCUUGUGGAGAUUGAACAUAGGGCGUAUUGGGCGGUUAAAGCAUGCAACCUUGAUAGUGACAUGGUUGGAGAAGAAAGAAAGUUGCAACUUCAAGAACUUGAAGAGAUUAGAUUGGAAGCCUAUGAAAACUCACGGAUUUAUAAAGAAAAGGCCAAUAAAUUUCAUGACAAACAAAUUGAGGUGAAAGAAUUCCAAAUUAGUGACAAAGAUAUGUCUACUGGCCGGAUUUUUAAAGUUAAUGGACAAAGGCUUAAAAAGUUUCAUGAAGAAGUGAAGGGCUUGGCGGUGGAGGAAAUAGAACUUGUCGAUGCUAUCUACCCGAGUUAG